AUGAGUUUGGUUGCGAUCAGUGAAGUUCUCUUCACUGUAUUACUCUGUACAAGUGUGAUGAUUAUUCUUAUUCUUAUUUUGACCUAUUCCAGAACCCCGGAACAAGUACCAGCACUCGUUUCCCUACUGGCAGAGUCUUACCAUCCUCAUCUUCGGUUUGGUGCCGCCAUGGCUAUUGGUGUGGCAUGUGCUGGCACUGCCUCAAAAGAAGCUCUAACCUUACUGGAAACGCUUUAUGAAGGAACGGUUCCGUUUGUGCGUCAAGGUGCACUGAUAGCCACGGCAAUGGUUCUCAUGCAACAAAAUGGAGUGACUUGUCUAAAGGUACAGAUAGGUUGUGGUAUUGAAUGCUCUUUUCUUCUUGCUCACUCUUAUUCCCGUAAACAAUAUUUUACUUCAGACGGUGACUGUCUGGUUUACCCCAUCCCGGUUUUCCACAGGUGCCAAGCACUGUUGAUCUCGGGUGUACGUUUUUCACUGUUUGGGAGAUGGUAG